CGCUGUCAAUGGCAAGUGGAAAGUCAUCUUAACCAGAACCAGACAAAUCAGACAGUCAACAGAGAGAAAAAACACCGUAGUUAUUAUAUUGGCUGAUAAUCAUCUAUUGUAGUAAUCAUUUAAGAGUACAAUGUGGGACUGUAGUGGCUUGGCUGCAUGUCAGCAGCUCUGAAGAGUCUCUUCUGAAGCUCGUCCUCUGACCCACCUGGACUGAACUCUGCCAAACUUGACGCAGCUCUCGAAUGUGUCUGAAACUCUUCACCCACUGGACAGCUUUGUUUUACAAUCAAGACUCAUCUCUUACCAAAAACAUCAGUCUUUUUUUACAGGUGAAUUUCUAACCAGGAAAGUGAAAGAAAACUAAAGGAACAAUGAACGUCACAGUCACAACACCAGCAACAACCACAAACUCAACUGUGUGUGUUCAAAUUGGCCAGAGCGCCAUUAAUGUCUUCCUGAUGUCUAUUUACAUCCUGGCUUUUAUCUUUGGUUUGAUCUUCAACGUGCUGACCCUGGGCCCCAUUUGCCAACAAGUGCGGCGGCAAAACGUUCUGGGCAUAUUUUUGCUCAACCUGUCCCUCUCCGACAUGUUUUUCAUCUUCACUAUGCCCCUUUGGAUCAAUUAUUACAUGCAGGACCACCACUGGAAGCUAGGGGCUAUCUCUUGCGGCAUAGCUGGCUUCUUCUACUACUCCAACAUGUACAUCAGCAUCUACAUGCUCUGCUGUAUAUCCGUGGACCGCUGCCUAGUGGUCACCUACCCACUCCGCUUCAAGACCCACCGUACAUCAUGCUACGCCUGGGCACAGUGUGCCACUGUUUAUGUUGUAGUGAUGGCGCUACACAUCAUGGUACUGGUAUAUGACAAUCUCGCUGACCCCCAUGAUGAAGAAAACAACAAUGACCGUUGUUAUGAGACUUACCCCAUGCAGAAACCUGUCGCCCUGUUCAACCUGCUCAGAGUGGGCAUUGGCUUCCUGCUGCCCCUGCUGGUGUUGACAGUGAGCUACUGGAGGGUGCUGGCCACUGUGGGCCAGAGUCCCGGCCUGAGCGCCCAGGCGAAGAAGAAGGUCCGCCUGCUGUCCUUUGGGGUGAUUGGGAUCUUCUCAAUUUGCUUUGCUCCAUAUCACAUUCUCCUGCUCAUACGCUCACUAGUAUUCUACAGUGAUGACAAACUAGAUCCCCAAGGAAGUUACUGUCAGUUUGAACAAAAAAUGCACUUUUUAUUCUCAUGUACGCUGGCACUGUCCAGUCUGAACUGCGUGGUGGACCCUGUGCUGUAUGUGUUGGUCAGUAAUGGAGUCCAGGAGGAGGUGAAACUGUGCUGGAGGAGGCGUAAAGUGACAGAGGCUGGGAACUGUACAUUUUCUUCAAACAUCAGAGGAAAGUCUAAUACUAACUUAAUAUGACAAGUAAGCUGUAUUUGGGUGGAUAAGUGCGCCUGUGCAUUUGUAUGUGUGCGUAUGUGAAUACACAAUUAUGCAAAAUACUGUCGCUGUUUUGUUUUUUCAUCAGAUCAUUGAGGGGUGAGCCUUUACAAUGACAUUGAGUCUGGUUUGUGGCUGUUUAAAUGCAAGUCUGCAUUUUCAGAGUUAGCGAGUAAGAAGCAGAAAUAUUUACAUCCCAUAAUCAACCUUUUGUGUACAGACAAUCAAACAUUCUUUGAGAGAACCACAUUGUCGCUAUUUUUUUCUUUUUCUUCCUCAUAUCCUGCAUAGAGUAGAGGAGUGGGUUGAGUAACAUCUGUCUCAGAGCUCUGUAAUUGGAUUGUAUUCCCAGGCAGGUACUGCUUUCCCAAGAGCUCUUCAGUGGCACUUCUGGUUUGUAGCUGGACACUGCUGGAGUUGAAGAGCACUUGUGCCUUCUUUCCAAUCUAUACAAGGAUUUUGUGAUUGUGAUUGCAUGACCCUGGUAUAGCUAAAAGUGCCACAAAGAAGGCAUUUAUUAGCAUGACCUUGUGCCUUUAUUGUCUAACCGUCAGUGGAACAUGUUGAAUGUAAAACAAAAUAAACCAGUUGUUUGAGCAGAUGCUCGACUUUUAGGUUGUUUAUGAAGAAAACUCUUGAUGAUCAAUCUGCAGUAGGUAUUUUAUACAUUUCCACAGGGAGGGAAGGCCUUAGGAAAUAAUAAGCCCAUGUGUGUGUGCGUUGUGUGAGAGACAAGAGUCUAAUAUUCGCCAAAAUGUCUAAAAAAAGGUGAAGAAGACAGGUAUAGCAAAAAGAAAGAGAGAGGGAGGGAGAAAGUAAAUCGACAAGAUACUGUUAUGGCUUUGUUUUGUAUUUGAUCCAUUAUUCAUACAGUGGCUUUCUCAUUCAUCAAUAGUGCUAUAGUGCAUAUCGAUACAUCACCAACUGAGCACUUGGCACAUAACCAGCAUGAACCCUGAGGGUGUUACAUGUUCUUUCCUUUAAAAGCCUUUACUGCUGAGUCAUUAGUCAGUAUAUGGAGACAGGGUGUAUAUAGCAUAUACAGCUGUCUCCUGAAAAUCCCACUCAUAUAAUAUUAAAAUGUUUUAUCUUAGUGCAGUACGCUUUAGUGGAAAUGUGACUGCUGCCUGGAUUAUGUUAACUGGCAAUAUUUCUUUUGCAGUCCAUGAUGA